AUGGAAUCGUCCGCACUCAUCCCCAACCAGACUGGACCGGGCUUCAGCCAACAGGGAACUGUUGACUGGACGCAAUUGGCCAAGUCGAGUGUUGCUCUCUCGUUGGAAAUUCUAUCGAGACCGUCCAAAGCUGGGGUUGAGCCUCUGACUCUGGCCAUGGGGCAAGCGAUAUUUUCACGAUUCCAACUACCCCCGAGUACACAACAGAAGAUACACACGGUGCUGGGGAAUCUCAAGCCUUUUUCCUCGUACAGCAACAUACUGUGGUUUGGAUUCGGCGUCAAGCAUGUGGUCAGGCUACUCGUCGAAUCUGAGCAAGGCAUGACCUGUGUCGCGCUAUGCGGCGGUCUUUCCGUCUCUUACGACAGAUUCUACUGUGCGCAGGUACUACGGUCAAUGACGCAGAUUCAAGAAGCACCUGCCAACCUCAGCCCUUCGAUCACACAAUGGUCCAAUCUAGUGGACUCCUGCUCCGGAACGCUUCUGUCCUCGGAUUUCCCAAACAUGGUCGAGGGGUUUUCCCGGCUUUGGUACAACGGCGCAGGCCAGGAUGCCUGGAAGCGACAUGGCGCAACAUCGCCGCACGCCUUGGGUAAGGCCUUAUCGACCUUAGCAGCCAUAUCGAGUGGUUCCCUCCAAAGCGCAACCUUUGUUGGUGGCGCAGACUGCGCAUGGGUAGCAGCUGUUGCAGAGUGGGUGCUGGGCCUCGCCAUCGAGGUCAUCGAUGCCCAAACGGGUGACUGUCUGUACCAGAAAUUGGGCAAGUCCAACGAUGAGACGGGCCAAGUCAGAAUCUUGCGAACACUUGACACGCAAUACUCCAUGGUUCAUGUCAGGGACACGACUUGUUUUCUCCCUAGCGGCGCUGAGAUCUUCCACGCAUGCACCGAAGUGGGAGACUAUGUUUUCGCCGGGGGGUGGUCGACUUGGGAUACCAUACUGUCCGAUACGUUUCCCGCGGAUGCUCUGCAACGUUUGACUUCAUCCAAGGCAGGACCGGCUUUUGCUUAUGCUCUCCGCAUGACAGCUGAUCAAAUGAAUACUGAGCUUGGCGGAAGGAAGAAUAUCUUGGAGAUGCUUCCAGAGCUCAGGCCUGUCCUAUCUAACCCUAGGUCUCAGGAUCUGACUCUCACAGAUGCCGAAUGGGAUGUUCAAUCCUCCUGUGGCUGUCACUGCUGUCAAAACCCGAGAGAAAAACAGCCUCCGACGUAUGUCCGACCAAGAGAGUUAUCACAAAACAUCAACAAUAACGUCCUAGCAACGAUCUUGCAUACUAUGACCGGAAUCCCGGUUCAAGGCGAACUCAGUCUCAGGGCAUCAGCGAUAUCCGACUCGGGCAUGUUGAUCUGCUGUACUUCUCUCUUGAUUCCUAACCUGCCACCCACAGAAAUGGCAACCUUCCACCUGGUCCCCGGCCAUAUCCAGAAAGACGGCUCCUUCUUUCGGGAGGUGUACGACCUCAACCCAAAGCCCGGGUUGCGAAUUGAAGAGGAUACGGUGAUGCAGCUCACAUUUGACGAGAAAUUGCGAUUGAUGAUGAGCUUUCGCCAGAACGAAUCCAUCCCAGAGUUAUUGGUCAAAGAGACAAUCCAAAGCCGAAAGCUACAAGCGAACUACUCUUGGCAGUAUCGACUGUUCAAUGAUCAGUUUCGAGACAAGCAUCAAGCACCAGUUGCCGCCUCCACAACAUCUACAAAGAUGCUUGUCACCGCAUUCGGAAGCGCAGAUCUCCAGCGGCUCCUUUUCAAAGGAAUUUCCCUGCCACAUUGCGAAUCCAAGCGAAUGAAAGCAACGACAACGGGCAACCGAACGGUCUCUGGGACAUGCCUCAGAACCACGGAAGAUAUUCGCCUGCAGAUGAGAAGCCCUCCAUCUGGAUUUCCACGGCCAGGCGAGUGGGUCCUCUUAGACAUCGGCCGUCAAAAGCAACCUGGUGGUUACGACGGAGAAGAAUUUCCAACGAAGCUCUACCUUGGAUCCCUCGUCGAACUUUACAGCCUCCUUUGCAACAGUGAGCCGGGGAAGCAUUUGAAACUAGCUUCUCCAUCAGAGACGGUUAUUGCAGACAACAUCACGAGACUCCAAUCUGACGGCCAGGACACUGAAGAUAGUAAUGCAGCAUCCACACUUGAAAAUGUCGACGAGGUUGUUGCUAGUGCUGUUGGAAUUGAUGUGACCGCACCAGCACCCUUAUCACCGUCGCCUCCGCAAGAAACAAAAUCCAAGAAAAGGAAAAGCACCAAGGGGACAAGGAGGAAUGGGAAGCGAAGAGCCGGUGCUAGAUGA